GCCGAGCGGGCGAGGUCGAGCCGGCUGCAGGCCGAGGCCGACGAGGCCCGCCGCUGGGCCUCGGAGCGGCUGCGCGAGGCGGCAGAGGAGCUGCACGCCGCGCGGGCCGAGCGCGACGAGGCGACGGGCCAGGCAGGGCGCUGGUCUCAGGAGGUCAGGGAGAAGGAUGCGCAGCUCCAGACCUUGCGCUUUCGCCUCGACGCGAUGUGCACCGACGGCGACCAGCUCUCGAG